CAAAGUCAGUUGAAAGAAGUAGUGUUGGUCAACAAUGCCACAUGCAGCCCUGUAGUUCACAGCUGAUUUUGACAACUAACAGCUGAUGUGCCGCAAUGUAAAUAAAUAAACAAUGCUUGUAACUGCGGUGCAACUGUUGAGCGUUGGCUUGCUUUGGGGUGUGACAAACCCGUUUAUUCGACUAGGCAGCCAGGGAAUCGAAACCGUCGUAGACACUGGAUCUAGAUAUAGAAAUUUCCUCGCAGAGCUGCGAAUGAUUGGAUCACGUCUAAGUUACUGGAUACCAUUUGGAUUAAAUCAGUGUGGAAGUUUAUUAUAUGUGUGGACUUUGCAAAGUGCCAAUAUUACCAUAGCCGUGCCAGUCGCUAACUCGUUAAGUUUUGUUUUUACCGCUAUAACUGGAUAUUUGCUAGGCGAACAACAACCCGGCAAAAACAUAAUAAUUGGCACGCUACUCAUCUGUUUCGGCAGCACAUUGAUAAUAUGUGACAAGAUUCAGCAUGAACAACAGAUUCAGAUUAUUCCAUUUUAUGAAUAGUUUAAAUUAACGUUUUAAACACGA